AUGAUAAAAACUGACAAAGCUAAACUAAUGCAUUGCCUGGAGGACAAAUUGCACCUGGCCCAGAGACCCACUAUGGGAUUUCAAUGCUACAUAGUAGACGGAAAUACUUUGCUGCAAGCAAUGGUUUCUCUUCCGAGCACGUUCGGAGAGCUAGCUGAGUAUGUUUUUCAGCAACUACCCAGAGCACAACGCGUUGACUUUGUAACAGACUUCUAUCAUCCCCGUUCGAUAAAAGGAUUAGAACUAUCAAGAAGAGGUUCUUCACAAGCACAUCUAGUGAAAGGACCUCCCACUACAGUUCCUCGUGAUUGGAAAAAGUUCCUGUGUAAUGAAGAAAACAAAAGGUGCUUGUGCAGCUUCCUCUUAGAUGAGUGGAAAAAGGGAAAAUAUGCUCCGAAGCUGCAGGGAAAGCCUUUAGUUUUCGUUAAUGAGAUAAAUGCAUCAGCUUAAAAAGUAUCGAUGGAAAGAAUGUAGUUACAGAGGAAGUUGAGAUGUUGUGCUCUUCACACGAGGAGGCCGAUACCAGAAUGAUCUUGCAUUGUAACGAUGUUGCUGCCAAUUCACCAGAAAGCUCGGUUAUACUAGUGAGAUUCCCUGAUACCGACGUGUUCAUUUUACUUCUUAGAUUUGUACGUCAUGUAAACCAGACAGUGCUGUUUGACACUGGAACGGGUGACAAGCGCCGACUUGUAAAUGUUCCAGCUGUUGCUAAAGAUCUCGGAGAUGAGAUUAACCUGACUCUUGUAGCUCUGCACGCAUUUACUGGUUGCGAUACGACCAGUGCUUUUGUGAGAAGAGAGAAAGUGAAGCCGCUCACACUCCUCAAAAAACAUCCUGAGUUUCUUCCAACGUUUCAUGCUCUAGGAUCGAGACCUGACAUAGAAGACAGAGUAUUUAAAGACCUUUAAAAGUUCACAUUUCUGAUGUACGGAAGCAAGUUGGGUGACAUGAACUCUCUCGGAUACGAAAAAUUCACUGAGAGAUUCAGUGCAAAGCCAGGAGAGGUACUGACAAGCUACAAUGGUGUUGACAUGAACCUUCUUCCACCUUGUCGAUAUAUAUAUAUAUAUAUAUAUAUGUGGUUCCUGAUUAGCAAAAGAAACAUUCAAGUCCAUCAAAAAGACACUCUGGACUUGUCCAUACACUCUAGCUGCUUAAAGGCCCUGAAUGACGGAGGACGCUUGAGACUUCAGCAAGUUCUAAGCAGAGAAUUCAAGGUUAAGUCACCCCCCCCUGACUUCCUCCACCCCCCCCCCCAGCCUAGCACGUGCUUGAGGGGAAUGCUUUCAUUGGCCAAUGGGCCUCAAACGUUACAAGAAUUUCACAUGAUAAACUAAAGGCAGACGUGACCAGUGCACUGACUCUCCCAGACCAGGACUAACGGAAGGUACAACGCUUUUGCAGCAGCCUCCCCCCUAGGGAUUGACAUGGAGGCCCCUUUCCAACCCAUGGCGAGUUAGCUCAGGGACUGAACUUGACAAUGAGACCAAGCAGGACAGCAAGCCCCCUAUGUUUUUUCUCACCGCAGUGACCAGAAAGCUGGCGAUAGCCAGCUUUCUGUGCGAAUAUUCUGGUGCAUUUUCAGGUAGGUUUUCAAAAAUUCGGCUAUAUAUAUAUAUAUAUAUAUAUAUAUAUAUAUAUAUAUAUAUAUAUAUAUAUAUAUAUAUAUAUAUAUAUAUAUAGUCUGAAAAUGCCUGUGAGAAGAGUAAAUUAUCAAGCGCUCAUAUGGAAGAAAGCUGAUCGGGCAACACAAAGUAUCCCGGGACCAGACGGGCAUGGCUGGAACACUAACGUCGAAGGUGAGUUUGAAAUCUGCUGGACGAACGGCAAUCUCAUGCCUCAGGAACUCGCAGACAUCAUAACUGGCCCUUUCAAUCCAUCUUCUGAGGAUGAAGAAGAUGUUACUGUCGAUUACGAA